ACCCAAUAGGCCUAUAAGUAACUAGCAUUUGAAUUAAACAAAAAAAAAAAAAAACAUUCACUCAUACAAAAAUAAAAUUACAAUCAGAAAAACCCUAACAUCAUCGAUCUUCAUUCUUAAGCUUUCUUCUCUGCAACAACUUGUUCUUCAAUUGUAGAGUUACACCGAUCAAGCUCAAAUAUUUAUAAGGGAACCAUGGCGGCUUUGAAGGAGCUUCUUCCCGAACCGAAAUCAUCAACAACAACUUAUUACGAUCACAGCAACGAUCCAUGGUUUAAGCAGAGAUUCACCACAACGGAAGAGGAAAAAGCUGCUGCUGUAAAGCCUAAAUUGGUACCGCCGUAUAUGAAGCGGUCGGGUUUUGUUCCGAGGAAGGUUGAAGAUUUUGGGGAAGGUGGAGCUUUUCCGGAGAUUCAUGUGGCGCAGUAUCCGCUUGAUAUGGGAAGGAAUAAGGCGGCUAAACCAGGUUCGGCGAUACUUCCGGUGACGGUUGAUGCACAUGGUAAAGUUGCUUAUGAUGCUAUUGUGAAACAGAAUGAGAAUGCUAAGAAAAUUGUUUAUACUCAGCAUAAAGAUUUGAUACCUAAGAUUUUGAGAAACGAUGAGGAUGGUGAAAUGAGUGAUGUUGAUGAUGAUGAGGCUCAGCGGGAGAUCGAUGAAACGAUGCAGGAAACAAAAGCUGCACUUGAGAAGAUUGUUAAUGUCAGGCUUAGUGCGGCACAGCCGAAGAAUGUGCCGCAGCAUAAUUCUGAUGCUAAGUAUAUAAAGUAUAAACCUUCGCAACAGAAUGCUGCUUUUAAUUCGGGUGCGAGGGAGAGGGUUAUUAGGAUGGUUGAGAUGCCCGUGGAUCCACUUGAGCCACCGAAAUUCAAGCAUAAGCGUGUUCCUAAGGCUUCCGGUUCACCUCCUGUGCCGGUGAUGCAUUCGCCUCCUAGGCCUGUUACUGUGAAAGAUCAGCAGGAUUGGAAGAUACCUCCUUGUAUUUCGAAUUGGAAGAAUCCUAAGGGUUACACUAUUCCUCUUGAUAAGCGGUUGGCUGCUGAUGGUAGAGGUCUUCAGGAGGUUCAGAUUAAUGAUAAUUUUGCGAAGCUUUCUGAGGCUUUGUAUGUUGCAGAGCAGAAGGCUAGAGAAGCUGUUGCUAUGAGGUCUAAAGUUCAGAAGGAAAUGCUGUUGAAGGAGAAGGAAAGGAAGGAACAGGAGCUGAGGGCUUUGGCUCAGAAAGCGCGGGCAGAUAGAAUUGGUGUCCCCCCUCCCCCUGCUGCUGUUCCUCUUGUUUCGGAAAGAAGUGGUGUGGAUGAUGGUGACAUGAGUGUUGAGUAUGAGCAUAGGGGUAGGGACAGGGAUAGGGAAAGGGAAAGGGAAAAGGACUAUCCCAAGGAGAGUAGGGUAGAAAGAGAGGAGCGGCUGAAACGUGAGAAGAUUCGUGAGGAAAGGCGAAAGGAGAGGGAGAGGGAGAGAAGGUUAGAGGCUAAGGAUGCUGCCAUGGGAAAGAAGAGCAAGAUUACUAGAGAUAGGGAUCGUGAUAUAAGUGAGAAAGUUGCUCUUGGUUUGGCGUCUACUAAGCAAGGGACAGAGGUUAUGUAUGAUGAAAGGCUAUUCAACCAGGAUAAAGGAAUGUCUUCUGGAUUUGCCACUGAUGAUCAGUAUAAUGUUUAUGACAAAGGCUUGUUCACUGCACAGCCAACACUUUCCACUCUGUACAGACCGAAGAAGGAUGUUGAUAAUGAAACUUAUGGAGGUGCAGAUGAGCAGCUGGAGAAGAUUAUGAAGACUGAUCGCUUUAAGCCCGACAAAGGAUUUACAGGGGCUUCCGAAAGGGCACCUCCAAGGGAUAGACCGGUCGAGUUUGAGAGCGAAGAAGCUGAUCCAUUUGGUCUUGAUCAGUUCUUGACCGAGGUCAAAAAGGGUAAGAAGGCCUUGGACAACGUAGGUGGUGGUGGAACGAUGAGAGCCAGCGCAGGAUCUUCGAUGCGAGACAGUUCUGAUGGAGGUUCGGGCAGAACUCGCAUCGGGUUCGAGAGGGGCCGUUAAGCAGGUUCGAGAGGGGCCGUUAAGCAGAACAGUGUUAAUGGCAUAUUUUUAUCAUGCAUAGGUUGACAUGCCUUGAUGUGGUUAUCACUUACUUUUUGUCACCUUGUGAAAUGUUCUUGUAUUUGUUUUGAUACUUAUUUAUGGUAUUUAUCUGAAAUGUAAUGGUAUUUAUCUCUAUGAAAUGUUUGGUGGUUAAAA